AUGGUUUUGAUUAUUAUUGUCACCUAUAUCAUCAAAACUACUACUACUACUGUUACUGCUACUGCUACUGCUACUGCUACUGCUACUGCUACUGCUACUGCUACUGCUAUUGCUACUGUUGCAAUCCCUGCCACACCCAUCAUUUGUUUCACCGCUGCCAUUUUUACCAUAACCAUACAAUCAAUGGUACUGCGAAAUAUCCAAAGAGUCUUUGUUUUAUUAUCAUGCACAUUCCUUGGUUUGAUCUGUGGCACCCUAUACUUGUAUUCUUCCUAUAGCCCUCAAUUAGCCAAGCAGUUGCAAUAUACAGCAUCGGAUUCGUCCCUUAUAGCACUAUGUGGAACCAUCGGAGUAGCAAUAGCCGGGCCACUAUCUGGAGCUGUAGUUGACAAAAAAGGGUACACAUACUCUCUUUUGGUUGGAGGAAUGCUUAUAGUAUCCGGCUACAUUGGCAUGAAAUUCCAGUACGACUUGAAAUGGAAUAACCUACUGCUAUCUUGUUACUGGAUUUUUUCAAUCGGACUCGGCUCUACAUUUAUCACAUCUGCCUGUCUCAAAUGUUGUGCAGUGAGCUUUCCCAGUAUCCGUGGCGUAGCAACAUCCUUGCCUUUGGCUUUAUACGGCCUCAGUGCACUAUUCUACUCGGUGAUUGCCUCAGCUUUCUAUUCGGAACGAACUUCCGAUUUUUUGGAGUUCCUUGCAAGAUCAAUCGUUAUCAUUUUUGUUGCUUGUUUCCCCAGUGUUUAUAUGGCAGAUAAAGACCACAAGAAAAAAGCAUCACUUCAAAGCAAACGCGGACCAAGAAGUUUGGAUAAUGCAAACCAUACUUCUCUGAGGAGGCGAUUGUUUUUUAGUUUGAAAUUUUGGCUUAUAUUCAUAAUCACUGGAAUCCUCGCAGCUUUGGGUCAAAUGUACAUAUACUCCGUUGGCUAUAUUGUUAAAGCGUUGGUAGUUUCAGAAACGGAUCCUAGUCCAACUUUGGCUUUGAACGUGGACAUACUUAUUCAGCAGCAACAACAGGUACAGGUUGGAUUACUAUCGAUUGCAAAUUGUCUUGGUCGAAUCACAUCAGGAAUUAUGGGCGAUAUAAUUACUCAGUCAUUCAAUAAACCCAGGUCGUGGUUAUUAAUUAUCCCAGCAUCGGGUACACUUGUUGCGCAAUUAUUAAGCUCUGCGGUUCACCAUUAUUCUAGCCUCUCCUUGAACUCCUUUUUGAUAGGAUACGUAUACGGAUUUAUGUUUUGCUUGAUGCCAAUAAUUGUGGGAGAUGUAUUUGGAAUGGACAAUUUCUCGUUCAAUUGGGGUAUGGUUACCCUUGCACCUAUAAUACCCAGCUAUUAUUUCACUAGUUUAUUUGGAAAAAUCUAUGAUGCAAACUCAAGUCUCGGAAGUGCUGUUGAGAAUUUGCUGAAUGUUGACCCCGAUGCCGGUACAACGGUUACUGCAAAAAUACAAGGAUGCUUUUUGGGAAACCAGUGCUAUAAUGAAAUUUUUGGACUUACUACAACCAUUGCGGCUGUAGCAAUAUUUUUAGUCGUGAUCUUGAACGCCUCGGAUUUGUUGUUCAAAAGAAAGAAGCUUUUAUCGUUGCUGGAAAUUAGAGCUGAUAAUUUUGCUAGCGAAAAACCGAAAUAA